UGGAAAAGAAACAACUCAACACAAUAUCUCGUCUAUUGUUAUGGACGCGUUUCAAAAAAUAACGGCGUUCUUGUGUGUAUGUGCGAUUGCACAUGCUUCCCCGCUCGAAACGUUCUUGGCACCAGAACUCACUGACUGUGUCAUCAGGCUUUCAGCGUUUGCAAACACCACUGUUCCAAAGGCUUUGGUAUCCGUUCUAGACAUCAAACAACGGGAAAAUGCUGGACGACCGAUUGGCUUAGAUACAGCGAUCGACUACGCUGGCACCGAAGUGCCUAUACUGGAGACGCCCGAAGAUGUACACAUGUAUUGUAUUAAGCAGUUUAUGUGGAAAGAGGAAAUUGUGCGUUGGGAGGACUACAACAUCACGAAUACGGAAAAAGACCUCGUGAACGGCCUUCUUGAAUCCAUGAUGGAACCGACAGGCGUGGAACACUCAAGAAGCAAGCGUCAGUCCGUUACUCCACCGACAGGUCGCCGAACACGACGGGAAUAUAGACGGUUAUCCGACGGAGAAAGAAAUGCAUUUCAUACAGUAUUGCAGACGAUGAAAACGAAUGACCAGUACAACACGUUCGCAAACUAUCACCGGGGUAUUGUAACCACAUCCGCACACAAUGGUCCCAACUUUCUCGGGUGGCACAGAGUAUAUCUAGCUUUGUUCGAGGAGGCAAUACGAAGAAUUAACAGGCAAGUUUCACUUCCAUACUGGGAUACCACCCUUGAUUUCGAUAUGGUCAAUCCAGCAAACACAAUUGUGUUCUCACCGGCGUUCUUUGGAAGAGGUUUAGGACGGGUAACCGAUGGGCCGUUCGCAAACUGGGUAACCCCUAUAGGUGCGCUGACAAGGAAUAUUGCUGGCGACAGUACGCUAAUGACCAAAGCGAAUAUCCGAAGUAUCUUGACGCGUUGUCGAACAAGUGAAAUCACCGUUCCCACUGCGUUAGAUCAGUUCAACUUUGAAUUGUUCCACAAUAGUCCUCAUGUUUGGGUUGGUGGACAGAUGUCGGGUACGAAUACAGCCGCCCACGAUCCUGUAUUUUUCCUCUUCCACGCAUUUAUAGACUACGUCUGGGAACUGUUUCGCAUCCACCAAUUAAGAGACUGUCGAGUCGAUCCAAGCUUAGAUUACCCACGAGUCACUGGUCAACAUGCCUCCAGAAGACAAAUGGACAUGUUAACAGGUUACCGCAACAUUGAUGGUUAUCGAAGCUACUGGACGCAAAACUGGUAUAAUUACGAAAGUUCUCCCAGCUGCCCAAAUUGUAACUCCCCAUAUUUAAGAUGCGACACGGUCCGCAGCGUGUGCGUGUCCAUUGAACGUACGCUUGCUGCCAAUGAGCCAGCGUCUGUUUCUGGAAUGGCUAUGUUUGAAGAUGGACAGGCAGUAAACUCAAUGGUUUCUCGAGCAAGAGACGAAGUCGCGAUGCUGGAUAUCGGUCCAAGGUUCGAAGGGCUUCCUGCUGAACCGAGGACUCAGAUGGGUCAGGCAAGAUUGUCCCGGAGCGGAGUUGCUAGUCCAUAGAGGACCGUGCCGCAGAAUGUUGCGAUGAAAAAAGCGCUUACAACACUUUUGAUACCUGAUCCGUUUGGUAUGCUUUGUGGAAAAUAAUGAAUAUGUUGUUUUUUAUACAUACUUUUUCGCUCCAAAAAUUCUAUAAGUACAAAGUGCUCAUUGCAUUUGCUAAUUAGUUUGAAUACGAUGCACCUGCGAAAAGCAUUGCACGAGAUUUAACAGUAUUCCCAAUCUUGUUCCAAUGUCUUAAGAAAAUUUAGUCUUCUUGACAGAGCCAUUAAACAUCGCAACGUUGUCUACUCUCUUUAAAAAUUAAUAAAACAUAUGUGGUUCUGUAGUUUUAAAUCAGAUGUCAAAGAAUAAAAUAAACAUAUUAUUACUG